CUUUGAGAAAUGUAAUAAAAAAGCAGCACUGCACAGUUUAAGAACGCUACACAAACUCUUGACUUGUUAACGCGGCCAUGUCCUCCACCCCGCCGGCCGAGACGGAAGAGGAUGUAUUUGAUCUGACAGACGCAGUGCCUGAGACGGAGCGACUAGACAGCAGCUUACAGAAAGCUAAAGCUCAGCUGUCUAUCAAAACCAGAAGGCACCGCCCAUCUAGGUCUCGUCUCCGAGACAGCCUGAGCUCCACAGAGGGAGAUGACAGCUUUGAUGGAAAGAGCUACAGCAGCCUGUUGUCUGGCUCCUGCUCUCCCCUCCAUGUGACCCUACGCUGCUCCUCCCCCUUCUCUGACCUCCAUCCUUUCUCCUGUCCCGCAAAGAAGGACCGAGCCUUUAGCUUUGAGACAGCUGAGAAGGAACAGAAACGCAGGAGUGCGUGCUUCCUAACUCCCUCCUCUCCAACCCACAUGCUCAAACAGGACCUCCAGGAGGACCACGUCCACAUGCACUACAGAGACCAGCAGCACCGGGUGGACAGUCCUCAUCUUGAGCUGCACCACAAAGAGAACUCCCUUCUUCACCUCAGGGACCAUCCCCAAUUAAACCAGGAGGACCAAACACAUCUGCGCCAGAGGGAUCAUGCCCACCUAGGACGGGUUGACCGUAAGCAAGUGCACCAAGAGGACCACCAGAGUGACCAUGCACACCUAGGACGGGUUGACCGUAAGCAAGCGCACCAAGAGGACCACCAGAGUGACCACGCUAAUCUGCAUAAGUGGGACCAAGUCCAGGAAGGCCACACCCCCUUGCACAAGAGGGACCAACUGCAGCAGAACCAAAUCUAUGUGGGUGAAGAGGACAAAGUCCAGCUAACAAAGGAAAGUCCGUCCCCCCUGCGGCAGAGAGAAUACUCUCAGAGUGAAGAUGACGGCCAUGAAAUCGGUUCAGAUGAGCCGAGCAGCCCGACAGUUCUGCUGGACAAAAAGACCAGGAGACGUUUCCUUGAUCUCGGGGUCACUUUGCGGCGCACAUAUGGUAAGGUGAGGAGGGAGCGAGCCAGCAGACACGCUGCAGAAAAUCGGGAGCCUGACGGAGCACAGAGCCGUUCCUCACGUUCCUCUGGUCCCCCGUUUGUGCCUUUCUCCUGGUUGACUGACAGAAUUUGGGGUUCCGGGUCACCAAAGAACUCCAGCCAAUCUCCAGCCAAGUGUCUAUCUGAGGAAGAUGAGGAGUUUAAAAAUGAUAGCAGGUCCACAAGGAAUGAAUCGUCACAGCCAUACCAGAGCCUUUCUGAUCAUUCCGAUGAGGGCCGUGAUGUGUGCGCAGAAGGUCGAGUUGUGAAAAAGAAGACAAUCCUGCCCUUCUCAUCAGGUGGAAGAGACAAGACAGAAAAGCAGAACGGCGUCCAAAAGGACAAGAGGGACAGCGGACACGACGGAGACGACCAAAAACUACUGACCUCUCAAUCGCAGUGCAAGAAUUUGGAUUUAUGAAUAAAUUCUUCCAAUUUUUUUCUUUUUUUUUUUUCAAUUGUAAAUACUGU